AUGCUCCCUCUCACGCUGCUCAAUGCGGCGCAAAACAAGCCGAUGCUCGUGGAGCUCAAAAAUGGUGAGACGUUCAACGGCCACCUCGUCGCGUGCGACAACUUUAUGAACAUCACCCUGAAGGAGGUGUACCAGACCAGCUCCAGCGGCGAGCAGUUUUGGAAGAUGGAAGAGUGCUAUAUCAAGGGCAGCACGGUAGGUCGCGCGACUGUCUGA